AUGAGGAAAAAGUUAUUAAAGUUGAAACUACGAAAGGUGAAAGAGUUAAUGGGCAAAGUAGCAAAGUGGCAAGGAAGCAAAGGAGGGAAGGAGCAGGGUUACCAAUGCCGUGGUAGGAAACGAGUGAAGAACCAAAGGAGUGAGGACACGAAGGAGCGGUAUAGCGUAAAAGCGAACGGUCAAAUGAGUGAGGUAGCGAAAAAGCCUAAGAGCGGACAAUUGAACGUUACGCUUACGACGGUAAAAACUGCUGAACAAAUUUCAUCGAUGAUCUUAAAGAAAUUGGAAACUGACGGUUUAGAUAUUCAGAACUGCCGUGGCCAAGCUUACGAUAACGCUGCUACAAUGGCCGGUAUUCGCAACGGAGUACAAUCUAAAAUCCGGGAGAUUAAUCCUAAAGCAACGUUCAUUCCUUGCUCGAACCACAGUUUGAAUCUUGCUGGCGUUCAUGCAGCAUCUGUUUCGGCAAGUUCCGUUACUUUUUUCGGAACACUAGAACGUAUAUUUGUAUAUUUUUCGUCAUCGACACAGCGUUGGGAUGCUUUACUUCAAGUGACAAAACAAGGUGUAAAGAGGCUCGUUGACACACGCUGGAGUUCUCGACACGACGCUGUUGCAGUGAUAAAAAAUCAUUUUGAAGAAAUUCUGGAGGUACUGGAAAAGUUGAACGAAAACCACAAUGAAAACGCCAAGACUCGUUCAGAUGCUGGAAUAUUGCUUUGCUCCCUUCGAACUUUUUCGUUUCUCGGGUAUCUCAGCCUUUGGAGUACUGUUCUUUCAGAAAUAAAUGAUACUCAAAAAUACUUGCAAAGACAAGGUCUAAACGUUAAAAAUUGUGCUGAAAAAGUUGCAGCUUUAAAAAUUUACUUAGAGACAAACAGGGAGAAAAUCGUUACCAAAGCCGCCGAAUAUGCAACCUUGAUGUGUGAAAAGCUCGAUAUAAGCGUUACUUCUAAACGUACAAAAAAGAGAAAGCAGAUUCACGGAGACGGAUCCGAGGGCGUUUCGCUCACCCCAGCACAAGAGCUUAGUCGAGAAAUGUACGGAGCUGUUGAUAGAAUUAUUGAAGAAAUAACGACUCGAUUUCAGCAGUUGGACGAAAUUCGACAAAAGUACAGCUUUCUUUUUCCGGAAUCGCUGCUGGACCCGCAGAAAGAAGACAAUUUUGAUUUUGAGCUUCCCGAUGAUGUGAACAGGGAAGACUUCAAUGUAGAGCGUGACCGCCUUCGAAAUUUUUGCAACGCUGCUAAUCACAAAGUUGAAACGUUUUCAAGUGAUCCUUUAAGUCUUUUGAAGUUUAUCCAACGUUAUCAACGUGAAAUUUCCGUGCCGAACAUUGUUAUCAUGCUGAAAAUUUUCCUGUCUUUUGCUGUUAGUGUUGCAUCGUGUGAAAGGAGUUUUUCUAAGCUGAAGCUUAUUAAAAAUUACCUUCGUUCGCAAAUGUCUUCUUUGCGCUUGCGAAAUUUAGCGAUUUUGUCAAUUGAAAGAAAGUUGACAAAUGAAAUUGACUUUGACGACCUUAUUAAGGAAUUCGCAGCAAGAAAAGCCAGAAGAAUUAAUAUUUAG